AUGGCAGAAGGAAUAGCUAAGGAUAAGGUGGAGCAGACAAGUGAGUUAGAAUGGGGCUUGUUACCCCCAGAAGAAUUUUCCCAAGUGAAUGGAAUCAUUCUUCAAAAGAAAGCAUGUGAUUCCUGGGAAAAGAUCUGGAACUUCCAAGCCAAACCUGAUGACCUGCUCAUUGCUUCUUACCCCAAAGCAGGAACCACUUGGACACAGGAAAUUGUAGAUCUGAUACAAAAUGAUGGAGAUAUUGAGAAAAGCAGGCGCGCUUCCAUUCAACUUCGACACCCUUUCCUGGAAUGGAUACGAAUGACACACUGUGGGAUUGACCACGCUAACGCAACGCCUUCCCCAAGGACCCUGAAAACUCAUCUUCCUGUACAACUGCCUCCAUCCUUCUGGGAGGAAAACUGUAAGAUAAUCUAUGUGGCCAGAAAUGCCAAGGAUAAUCUGGUGUCCUACUACCAUUUUCAAAGGAUGAACAAAGCACUCCCUGACCCGGGAAGCUGGGAUGAGUACUUCGAAACAUUCCUGGCAGGCAACGUGGUAUGGGGGUCCUGGUUCGACCAUGUGAAAGGCUGGUGGAAGAAGAAAGACAGCCACCCCAUUCUUUAUCUUUUCUAUGAAGAUAUGAUGAAAGAUCCAAAACGUGAAAUUAGAAAGAUAAUGGAAUUCCUUGGGAAGAACCUAAAAGAAGAGAUUUUAGACAAAAUUGUCUAUAAUACUUCAUUUGAUGUAAUGAAAAAGAACCCCAUGACCAACUACAUAAAUGAAAUUAAAAUGAAUCAUAAUCUCUCUCCAUUCUUGAGAAAAGGAGUUGUGGGAGAUUGGAAAAAUCAGUUCACUGAAGCUCAGAACAAUCAAUUUAAUGAAUACUAUGAGAAAAAUAUGGCUGACACUUCACUGUCAUUUUGCAUGGGACUCUAA